AUGGAGAUCGAGAACCAAACUGUUAUAACUGAAUUCAUUCUUACUGGACUUUCUCAGAACCAGACGACUAAAAAACUACUUUUUGUCUUGUUUUUACUAGUGUAUAUAUUGACCAUUUUUGGGAAUAUUUUUUUAAUAUGCGCCGUUAUAGCCAACUCUCGUAUGCACACGCCUAUGUAUUAUUUUCUCUGCAAUUUAUCCUUUCUGGAUUUAUUGUACACAUUGAGCACAGUCCCCAAACUGUUAUCAGACCUGCUAUCUGCAGGAAGAGGAAGAAUAUCAUACAUUGGGUGCAGUUUACAAAUGAAUAUAAGUCUUUUCCUAGGAGAAACGGAAUGUAUCCUGCUGGCGGUGAUGGCGUACGAUCGUUACAUAGCGAUCUGCUUCCCCUUGCGUUAUAUGGUUAUUAUGAGCUGGAGGAUAUGUAAAAAUAUCACAGUUGUGGUAUGGCUGGGGAGCUUUGCUUGUUCUAUCCUUCCUACAGUGUCAAGCCUACGUCCGAUCUGCAAAGGAAACCAAAUUAAUCAUUUUAUUUGUGAAGUUAUAGCUUUAAUGAAACUGGUUUGUGGAGACACUUCGUUUGAUGAAAGUAAAAUAAUUUUUGCAAGUUUCUUCACACUUUUAGUCCCUUUAGCUUUUAUUUUAGUUUCUUACAUGUGUAUCAUAGCGUCCAUAUUGAAAAUCCAUUCUGCGGAAGGAAGGACAAAAGCUUUUUCAACAUGCGCUUCCCACCUGACCGUAGUGUUAAUGUUUUACGGGACCAGUAUGUCUCUGUACCUGGGGCCAACAAAGCAGGUUUCACAAAAACACAAGUACAUAUCUGUCGUCUAUGUUGUUGUGACUCCCAUGUUAAACCCUUUGAUAUACAGUUUGAGAAACAAUGAAGUAAAAGGUGCUUUCAGGAAGAUGCUAAAUAGGAAUUCUUUGUUUCUAGAAAGAUAA